CAAUUUGAUGUAUAUUAUAUAUACAUUGGAACAAAUAUAAUCUCAUAGUCCUACCCAUGCACAUUUCAAUAAUAAUAAAACAGUAAAUAUAAACUCGUAUAAUAGUCUGUUAUAACUCAUGUCACCAACCUAUCAAAAUAUCAAACAACAUUAUUAUUAUAAAUAUCAAAUUUAUACCUAUACAAUUUGUUUUAAUAUUUACCUUGUUACAUUUACUACUAUUUGAUUAGGUAUUAUAUUCAACAAAAACUGGAAUAAAGCUGAAUAAAUUACCAAAAACAGAACAAAAUGAGUAUUUUACUACUGAAUUUAUUUAUUUAAGAUAGGAAUGAGCCAAUCUCAUUUAAAAGUGUAAAACAUAAUAUAUAGUCCCCUUGGCCCCUAUUAUCUAAACAAAAGAACCUUAUAGAUUAUAAGUUACAUGUUGGUAUAGGUACCUACAAACUAUAAUUAUUUAAAUAUACAAAUUACUUAGCAACUGAUUUUAAUUUUUAAUUUAUCUGUAUAUGAACAUUUUUUUUUUUUAUACAACAUGAACAAAUGCGAUUGUAAAAAUCAAAUUUGUAUUCACCAUAAUGUUUAUGUACAACCACCAAGAGGUAAAUCAUAUGCAAAACAUGGAACUUAUAUUCGUCCAGAUAUUCCUAUGCAGUAUAAAACUGAACAAAAAUUAUCUUAUAAGAAUUACCCCAUUAAUGAAUUUAUAAAGAUAAAUUCAUCUUCAAAAAGUAACUGCGUAGAAGAUAGUUUAAAGUUUGGUUUUCAAUAUCCAUCAGAAACUAUUCAACAAUCCAGUUACAAAAAAUGGAGGAUUUCAGAUGAGUUGGAUAUUAAAAAACCAAGAGACUGUUCUGAUUUGAUUGGACGUGGUGCUAUAAACUUAAAUACUACUAAACAAUUUGAUUUUCAAAGAAAAAACAUUACUCCUCAAAGUAAACACUAUGAAAAACCUUGCAGUGUUUUUAAGUCAAAUAUCCCAACUGAUAUUCAAUCUACAGUUUAUCAAACAUCUUAUAAGGAUUCUAAAAUGGAAAAAAGGAAUAUUGACAUUUACAAACCUAAAAGUACUUACAUUACCCCAACAAAAAAAAUGGAAACAAUGACAACAAAUAAUAUAAAUUAUAAAAAUUGGAUCAGAAAUUCAAAUAAUUCAAAUAUUAAGACUAAUUACGAUUGCCAAACAACAAAAAAACCAAUAGAUCAUCAAACGACAUACAAUUAUUACUACACUGAACCAGGAACAUAUACAAAAGAAGUUACAUUUUCAUCAAAUGAUGAUUUAUGUAUUAAAGAGUGUUGUGAUUAAAAAUGGAUUAAUAAAUAUUCUACCACAUUUAAGUUUAAUUAUAUUAAUUAAUAAUGGAUAGAGGCCAAAAGUACAGAAUAAGUUAAUAUAUAGAGGUUUUAAUAAAAUUUAAUUAUAUAGCAGUAAUCAUACAUUGGGCUAGAAGCUUGUUGAAAGAUUCAUGAGGUAGGUGCAUUAAAUGGUCAACAAUAUGAGCCAUGUUGCCGUGAUCGUUGUUCUUCUCGAACUAACUCAGAUGAUUUCUGUUUAAAAAAAAUAACAACUCAAACACCUUAAAACUAUGGACUAAUAGACAAAAUGUAUGCAUUAUAAUUAAGAUCAGCAGUUAAGUGAAAAUCUAGGUGUUUUUUCUGAUAAGAAUAGAUAAUUAUAUAUUAGAACUAAUUAUCAAAUAUUUGUGAUUGAUUAUUUUAUUGAAAAUAACCAAAAUUUACAAAGUUUUGUAAAUUAACCGUUUUUUUAGAAAAAUUGUAUGUAACAAUUCUAUCAUAGCAUUACAAAUAUAGAACAAGUUAUUUUUUAAUAUUUUCAAUUUUUGU